AUGGUUGAGCUCACUGAAGAGGAAGCAAUGAACUUCUUAAAUAUAGCAUUAGGAGAAGCUGAAAAAAGUCUACAAAAAGAAUUGAAGGAAAUGCCAAUAUUUUGUCUAUUAAUAAAUGAAGAAAAGAAAAUUAUAUCAUCCUCUUAUAAUUAUACAAACGAAUCGAAAAACGGUUCAAGACAUAGUGAAUUAAUUGCAAUUGAUAAAUAUAUUUAUGAUGGAAAUUAUGAACAAAUGAAAAAUUUGAAUUUAAUAAAAUGUUAUAAUAAUAAUGAAAAUUCAAUAGAAAAGUCUAUACAGGAUUAUUUUGUUUCUUUGGAUGAAAAAAAAAAUAGUGAAUUGAAAAUUAAUAAUUAUGAAAAUAUAAAUGACAAAUAUAUGAACGAAAAAUAUAAUAAAAUACAAGAAAGGAUAAAUAAUUUAAAGAAAUGUUGUAUUGUUGUAACUUGUGAACCUUGUAUUAUGUGUGUAUAUGCAUUAAAAUUAAUAGGAAUAAAAAAUAUUUACUUUUGUUGUUUAAAUGAGCGGUUUGGUGGUUGUGGCUCUGUGCUCUCAUUGCACAAGAAAUAUGAGGACAUUAAUGUUCAUUAUAUAGAACACCCUGAAUGUUCAGAAAAAAGUAUUAACCUUAUGAAAGCUUUUUAUAAAGCUGGAAAUCCAUCAGCACCGGAAGAAAAAAGAAAGAGACCUAUAUCAUGA